AUGUGUGGUGAGAGUGAAAAGAUUCAAGUGGACAUUUUAGAGAACCAAGCAACCAAUUUCCACACACAACUGAUACAGCACUGUUACAUCUCUGACCAUGAAAAACUGAAACCUCAGUACUUGGAACAGCUACCUGAACAACUGAAACAAUUCUCCAUGUUCCUGGGAGAAAUUCUCAUGGUUUGCAAGGGAAAGCUCACCUUUGUAGAUUUUCACAUCUAUGACGUCCUGGAUCAGAACCGCAUGUUUGAGCCCAAGUGCCUGGAUGAGUUCCCACAUCUGAAGGCUUUCAUGUGCCCUUUUGAGGCUUUGAAGAAAACUGCCGCCUACAAUGCAGUCUGA